AUGAACGCGCCAGACAGAUUCGAAUCCUUCCUCCUCGCCGACAACGAGAAAAAAGUCGAAGUCGACCCGGAAACCCGCGUCCCCAACGCAGCAAUGUUCACCUUCAACAAAGAAGACCACACGCUCGGCAACCUCCUGCGCGCCAAACUCGCCAAAGCCGAACACGUGCUAUUCGCGGGUUACCAGGUGCCGCACCCGCUGUUCGCGCAGUUUAAAUUGAGGGUGCAGACGGAUGGGGAGGUCAGUCCGAAGGAGGCGGUCGUGCAGGCUUGUAAGGAAUUGGUGGCGGAGUUGCAGAGUUUGGAUCAGGAGUUUACGAAGGAGUGGGAGUUGAAGAAGAUUGCGGGGGAGGGGGCGGGGCUUUGAGGAGGGAGGAUGGAUAAGUAAGUGGGUGGGUGGGAUGGAGUGAUGGGAUGGAAAAAGAUGCAUAGCGAAGGCGUUUACAUGUGAUGGGUCAUAUUUGGCUGGAAAAGAAGCUCCAGAGCGAGCCGGCGUUUUUGAUUUGGGGCGGAAAGC